AUGGAAGACCCUCCUGGAUCGGUAAAGGUGGUUGUUGCGCAGUUUCUACAGAAAUAUGGCUACCAGAAGACGCUUGGGCAUUUUCUGAAUGAGGCAGGGUUGUCGCUAGGAGCUCUGCAGUCGGGCGAUGCCGCAGAAGACCUCGAAACUAUCAUUGGCGAACGAACGCAGUACCUGGAGCGGGCAAGGAACGACGAACCUAGCCAAUUGGAUGUGGGUGUAUCAAGCAUUGCAUGCGAGCAACUGCCACGCUGGAAUUACGCGGUGCAAUGGGCGGCUGCAAGAGAACUGCAGGGGGCCAACGGGUUAGUGAUAUCUGCAGACCUGUCCGGAGCGCAGCCAGUGCUAGCAACAUCGUCCCGAGAGGUGCUGCAGUACGGAUCCACACUGCAAUUGGAGAAGCGGAGUGUCAGCAGUAUCGGAUGUAUACGGAAAUUUGGGUGGUUUGCAGGGCCACGGGGGUCGCGGGAGCGCUACGCGCUUGGUAUGGACGGCAGCUUGGCACUGCUGGGCGCCGACGGGGUGCCGUUGCGUUCUUGGCGCUUGCAUGGCCGGAUGAUCACACACGCGGCGUUUUUCGUCACCACAGAGCGGAAAAUCCUCUGCUUCACCUAUGGCCUGGACGGAUACAUUAGGCUACAUGAGUUCGACGAGGAGAUGGAGGAACCGAAAAGUAUGGACGAGUAUAAGCUAGUAAACAGCUGCACGGGGUUCCAGCUUGCACAGACCGACGACGAUGAGCCUACUCUGUACUAUACGAGAGAGGAUCAUACCCAUCUGUUUGUAUUGCAGGUCCACGAUCUUAAACUGCAGGAGGUUUACAGAAUCGCGUUAAAUGCGGCUCAGUUCAGCACACAUUCUUUCUCCGUGCGCGACAUGAUUGUGGUGAACUUUGAGCAUAUCUAUGCGGCAGACGACCGCAACAGUCAUUUACCGUGGUCUGGCCCUGGCUCUGUGCUGAUCGCUGCCACAUCGCAUACUCCAUAUAUGCGACUAAUAUUUGUGGAAUUACCGAAUACCAAGGAACUGCCCGUCUCAUCAGGAGUGCCACAUACCAACAGUGCCACUGUGCCGAAUUUAUUGGACUCGUUUACCGGGAAUAGCGGGACUACCCCUCAUCAGAAACCUGCAGUGAAUUCCGGUCCUAAAGUUUACUAUGAUAAAGUCAAACGUAAUAUCGCUACUCCAGUCCCACAGAACCUAUAUUCUCAGCCUAUACUAGCUCUAUGCACGGUUUCUUCUGGGUUACUUGUUGGAGCCGACGAUGGUGUGUAUGCAGUUGACCUGCAUCUUGGCAAUACCUGGAAAUUGGCCUUGCCUAAUGGCAAUGAAAGGGUCAAGGCAAUGGCACUGCAUGAUGACUUUCUGCUGGUUUCUCUAUCGAACAAAACCGUCUUCAUUUGGGAGGCGCAAAAAGAUUAA